CAACGGUCGUACACCGGUCCAAACGUGCUCGCCAUACCGUCCUCCGUUGCUAACACUCCCUGCGCUGACCUCGGUACCCAGGGUGUCUUAGAUCGACUCAAUGACAUCCUCCAAACAUCGUACACAACCUCGGACCAGCCAUGUUUGUCCACCGUUCUCGAGAGCUGCAUCUCGAACGAGUAUGAUUUUGGCACCGCAUACGGCCGUCUCCGCCGGAGGUGGUAUAACAAUGAUUGGAGCCACUUCUUAGAAAUACUACACACGCAUGAGGUUGAGGACACGAAGAUGCGACAAGAUGCAUUCGUGGGCAAUACGAUCAUGAAUCCGAAAAUGCCGCCUCGACGCGUUUGGGAUAUCUAUAGUAAUCGCGUGCUGCCAUACUGGAUCAUGGAACGAUGGCUAUGGGGGAUCUCGCAUGCAUGGCUGAAUGAGGGGGACCGCGACAAAGUGUGGACGUCCAUCAACGGACACGAAUGGCCCGUGUCCAUUCCGAAAGACACUAAUCUGGAUCUCAUCCGCCUUGAGUUGCUCAAUCUGGGAGCAGAGUACGUUUGGCUCGACGUUCUCUGUUUAAGACAGGAAGACGGGCGAAGGGAGGAUCUCCGUGCGGAGGAGUGGAAACUGGAUAUGCCCACCAUUGGACACGUCUAUCGCAUGGCUACGGAUGUGGUGUGCUACUUCAGUGGACUGGGCCGGCCUUGGAUUUUGAAAGAGGGUGAUAUGGAUAGUGAACGGAACUGGUUUAGGCGUGCUUGGACAUUACAGGGUGUUGGAAAGACGCUGAUCAUUGCCGGGGAUACACCUGAUUCAUCGCUGCACGCUGAGCCGGCAGAACAAGAUAGGAAGAUACUGGUUCGGGCUCAAAAGCAGCUCGAGUCCUCCAAGGACAUGAUGUGGGGUGAAAGACAUGUCUUUGACAUCCUUGCGGAUAUGCAGAGCCGGGUAUCAAGCAACCCUGUGGACAAAAUCGCUGGACUGGUAUAUCCCCUGCAGUCUACGAGGAUACCAGCUUAUUAUGAGCUCGGGUCUCUCGAGGAUGCCUGGGCAGCACUUGUGGAUACAAUGAAUGCCAAGUAUCGAGCGCAGCUGUUCCUCCUGUAUCCUGAAUCGGGGGACGCUGGCAAAAAAUGGAGACCCUCAUGGAAGCAGGUCAUGGAGAGGCCUGUG